AUGUCUGCGCAACCGGGUCACGACCACGUCCUCAAUGGUGACAGCAACUUCGACAUGGGCAACUUAAAGACAGAGAUGAUACUAUUGCAAAAGCAGUUGUCAAAAAUCAACAUCAGCUCCUUGGUAGCGGAAAUGGUCUCCCUGGAGAAGAAGAAUACAGACGAGGCCGAGCAAGGACUUGAUGCCGAGCUGAAGGAGGUGGAACUUUCGAUAGACGCUCUUCACAAGGCGAUCGCGACCGCGGACGAGGAAGAACAGAAGGAGUCGCAGGAUGUGACCACGGUCGAUGAAGAAGAGGAGUCGGACGGUAGGGCCUUGUAA